AUGAGCAUCAACACCAACCAGCUUGACCCGUGCCACCAUCCGCUGCAGGCAGUGGCCACGGCCAUUGGCGCUGUCGCCGGCGAGCAGCGCGGACCCCGCGUCAGCCACAUGCAGAGUGCCAACGAGGGCCCAGCCGACAUCAUCGCUAAGGGCAUCCCCUUCUCGGGCCCAUAG